AUGUCUGUUAUUGAAGGUUUAUCACAUAUAGUAUUAGCUACCUCUUCAAUAGAAGAGUAUGAGAGCAGUAUACAGUUUUACAGUCAGUUUGGUUUUGAAACCAUUGUGAAUUCAAAAAUUACAAGUGAAUCGAGUCAAUAUUUAACGCAAGAGAAAUGGUUACAUUUAUUUGGUAACUUACCAGCCAAAGAUAUCACAAUAAAACUUGUGUUAGUAGCAAACGCGAUUAAAAAAGAUCCUACUCCCGAAGAAAAGGAUUGGAGGCUAGAACAAGCUCUCGUAGCUUCUGUAACAAAAAAUAUAGUGGCUGUUGAAUCAAUUUUAAAAUCCAUUAAUGCAAAGUAUCAGAAAUAUGUCUAUACUGAUACCGAUGAAACCGAUCUAUUAGCAACAACACCAACGGAUUUGGUCCAUACUGAAAUUUACACUCAUGAUCCACUUAACAACUUGAUCAUUUUCACCAAUAAACCAAAUCCGUUCAGUAAAUCAGUUUAUCCAAUUAAACCAAAAUCACCUGUAAAAAAAGAAGUUAUUGCAAGUGAUUUAAAAUCCCUUCCACAAGGGAAAAAAAUGAGGAUUGGUGUAUUGACUAGUGGAGGAGAUUCCCCUGGUAUGAACGCUGCGGUGAGAUCAAUAGUAAGAGUAGCAAUUUCACGUGGUUGUGAAGCUUAUGCUAUUUUUGAAGGUUAUAAAGGUCUGGUGAAUGGUGGUGAUAUGAUUAAAAAAUUUGGUUGGGGUGACGUUAGAGGUUAUCUUGCUAUUGGUGGUACGCUCAUUGGUACGGCACGUUGUGAUACUUUCCGUGAACGUGAAGGUCGAUUAAGUGCAGUAUAUAAUUUGAUUAAAAAUGAGAUUAACUCUCUGAUUGUCUGUGGAGGAGACGGCUCAUUAACUGGAGCAGAUACUUUGAGAAAAGAGUGGCCCGGUCUGUUAAGUGAAUUAAUAGAAGAAGGAAGGAUUACUGCGGAAGAGGCUGAACCAUAUGCACACCUUAUAAUAGUUGGUCUUGUAGGAUCCAUUGACAAUGAUAUGUCAUCGACUGAUAUUACUAUUGGUGCUGUUACUUCGUUGCACAGAAUUUGCGAAGCUGUUGAUAGUAUAUCAUCCACAGCUUUAAGUCAUUCUCGUGCUUUUGUAAUCGAAGUUAUGGGAAGACAUUGCGGAUGGCUUGCAUUGAUGGCAGCGGUUAGUUCUGGUGCAGAUUUUGUCUUUAUACCUGAGCGACCUCCGACACAUGAUGAUUGGGAGAGUGAAAUGUGCGAAGUUCUAUACAGACAUCGUCGACUUGGUAAACGUAAAACUAUCGUUAUUGUAGCUGAAGGUGCUAUUGAUAAAACUCUCAAACCAAUCAAGGCUGAUUAUAUUAAGGAACUUUUGACUAAUCGUAUGGGACUUGAUACAAGGGUUACUACUUUGGGUCAUACACAGCGUGGAGGUAGACCGUGUACUUUUGAUAGAAAUCUUGCAACAAUUCAAGGUGUUGAAGCUGUAGAGGCUGUUUUGCGAGCAAAACCAGAUACGCCAUCUCCUAUGAUAGGGAUUCGACAAAAUAAAAUUACUUGUGAACCGUUGAUGUUAGCUGUUGAGAAGACGCAUAAAGUUGCUGAGGCCAUUGCACAAAAAGACUUUAGACUCGCAAUGGACUUGCGUGAUCCUGAAUUUAGCGAAGAUUAUGAUGCUUAUGUUACCACGACAAUUGUGGAUAAUCAAUCUUUAGCUCUUCCGGAACAUCAACGUAUUCGUAUAGGAAUUCUUCAUAUCGGUGCACCGGCUGGUGGUAUGAAUCCAGCUACGCGAGCAGCUGUUCGUUACGCACUAAAUCGUGGUCACACACCAAUUGCCAUUUAUAAUGGUUUCACUGGUCUCUUGCAAGAUAAUUUGCGUGAACUUUCAUGGUUUGAUGUGGAUGGUUGGGCCUCCAAAGGAGGAUCUGAAUUAGGUACAAAUAGAACUGAACCUAAUAUCGAUAUUGGAAUGGUUGCAUAUCAAUUCCAAAAGCAUAAAAUACAUGGUUUACUUUUAAUUGGGGGAUUUGAAGCAUAUACUUCAUUACUCAAGCUAAAUGAAGCUAGAAACCAGUAUCCAGCAUUUUGCAUACCAAUGAUAUGUUUACCUGCUACAAUUUCAAAUAAUGUGCCAGGGACUGAUUUCUCCCUGGGAAGCGACACUAGUUUGAAUGCAAUUGUAGAUAGUUGUGAUGCAAUUAAACAAUCCGCGUCCGCAUCGAGAAGACGUGUAUUUGUUGUUGAAGUUCAUGGUGGUAAAUGUGGUUAUUUGGCUGUAAUGUCGGGACUUGCGGUUGGUGCGACAAGUGCGUAUAUCCCUGAAGAUGGUAUUUCCCUUAAGACGCUUCAGGCGGAUGUUAAUCAUUUAAUUCGUAGAUUUGGAGAAGAUAAGAACGGAAGUAGUUCAGGAAGAUUAAUUCUUAGAAAUGAAUGUGUAUCAAAAACAUACACAACGGAUGUUAUCGCUAGUAUCAUUAAAUCGGAGAGUUGUGGACAUUUUGAUUCAAGAACUAGUAUUUUAGGUCAUAUUCAACAAGGAGGUACGCCUUCUCCAACCGAUCGUAUACGUGCAACUAAACUCGCUGUGAAAUGUAUAAAAUUUUUGGAAGAAUAUGCAUCACCUUUCACAUCAGAAAAAAUAGUUUAUCCGAGUAUAUAUACAAAUGUAAAAGAAUCUGUUGCUGUUAUUGGAAUUGAUGGUGCACAGGUUAAAUAUACGCCGGUUAUUGACUUGUUGCCAGAAUCUGACAUCGAAAAUCGUAAAAGUAGAAAAGCGUGGUGGAUUCAUUUAAAGGGUUUAGUAGAAUUAUUAUCAAAAUGGGGAUAUGCCGAUGAAGCAACGAAUACUGAUAAAUUUUUUGAAAUCCUUGAUAAAGAUUUACACAUUAAAGUU